AAUGGAGUAAUGGACUACAUAUUAAUAUUUAUAUAGAUUAUAGAUAUAAAUUAAAAUUAUAAAGAAUUAUUCCGUGACGGUGAACCUCAUAAUAUCGUAUGUUAAUUUAUAUUGUCUAAUUCAUACGGUCGUAUACUCGUAUGUAUAAUAUUAUGGUCGUUCGCGAAUAAUUUACGCUCGUGCUUAUAGUUUUUUACGAGGUUUUUUAUCUAUGUAUUCAAACAAAUCAAAUUCGUAAAUUGUGUACUAGAUUUUAGAACAAGUUAUAUGGUAUUUAGUUUUGAACAUUCGAUUUUUAAGUGUUAUUAUAAAUUUGAAUUGAAAGUUUAAACGUAAUUACUUAUAUUUUGUUCGCAUAGUCAUUUUAUACAUUAAYAAUGUAUGACUCUAUAAAAAAAUUUGUUUCACGACACAAACGUAAAUUAAUAAUCAGUGGUGCAUUGUUUUGUAGUACUGCGUAUGUAGUUUACACUUUAAAAAAAAAAUUAGCAGAAAAAAAAGAAAAAGAAAGCCGGGAAUAUCUGGAACGAAGUAGACGUCAACAGCACUAUGAAGCUACAGAAAACACUUCUAACCGUAUGAUAACUGAAUUCGUUAAAAAACUUCAUGUUAAAUAUUUUUCAAAAAAUUUACGCAUUGAAAAUAUUAUUGAUAAAUUGAAGAAGCAAAAUGAUUUGGAACUUUGGGAAGAAAUGAAAAUAUGUGUUUUUACUAGAGCAUGCUUACUUGUUUAUGCUGAGACUAUGAUGGUAAUAACAUUGAAAAUUCAACUCAAUCUCCUUGGAGGUCUUGUAUACAAAAGUCUAUCUCAAGAUUCACCUCCUAUUUGUUCAAAAACUCAAGAAGAUUAUUUGUUAAAUUUUAGUUAUUUCAUUGAAAACGGUAUUCGACGUCUAGAAGAAUAUUUACAAAGUAAAGUUAUUAAGUAUGUACAGCAAGUUCCUAUCCAAGAACAGUACAAUUUACAGGAAUUAGAAAAACUAUUUUUCCUCAUACAAACUGAAAUUGCUAGUGAUACUGAUAGUCCUUUUCGAUGUAUAGAUUCAUACAUGUUAAACCAAAUGCCACAAGUGCGAGAAGCACUAUUACAAGACAUGGUAAAUGAAACUCGAGAACUAUUAAAAAAUGAUGAGAUCAUUUCAAUAGCUCGUUACUGCACAUCUCAUAGUUUUAGUAAAUUAAUGGAUGCUAUUACUGUAAAUACGCCUAAUCGUUCAGUAAAUUUACCUACUACUGUGAAAAUGCCAUUUGCCAAGUGGUUACCAAUUGUUGAUAGAUCAACCAAAGUGACGGAAAGUGGAGACUGCACUUUAAAACAAAAUGUUCACUUGGAUGGAAAAGUCAAAGUGCUUAGUGCAAAUGUGUAUGAGGCAUUUUGCUCUGCUUAAAUGUAUUUAAAGGUUUUUUUUUAAAUAGUAUUUCAUGAACUUGUUUUGUUUUGUCACUCAUAUAAGUUAUGUAUGGAUAUGUAUUUUUUUUACUCAACUGAUAUUUAAAUUCUAACAAAUGUCAAAUUUAUUCAACCAUGUAUUUAUAUUUGGGAAAGUUGUGAAAUUGUUUUAAUCUAACAGCAUUUAUAUAUAUAUAUUAUAUAUAUAUAAAUUAUUUUGUAAUAUUGCCAUAUUUUAUGAAAUGUAAUUAAGAUCUAUUCAUCUGUAAUGCAUGAUGUUAUGCUGCAUUAAAAUCUUAUUGAGUUUCACUCGGUGUUCCAAGAAAUGUAUAAUGUGUUUWAUUUCUUUAAGUAUUAAUUUUUUUUUAAUCUAAAACAAGAUAAGUUUUACUUGUAAUAUUACCAUUUUAUUUCUACCAGAAGACUGGGUGGGAAUGGUUUAGCACAAUACUGCUACUUGGUUCCCUAGUAAGUUGUAAUAUUAUCUAGAUUCAUACUUGUAUCUACUCAUAGGUAUAUAAUAUAUUAAGACAAUUUAAAUAAUAAAUUGAUAACAAUAUUAAUUUUAAUAAUCAACUAAAGCAUGGUUGUAGCACAGAAUAGAUUAAAUUUAAUUUAAUCUAUUCUGUGGUUGUAGUUAGAUCAAUUGUUUAAAUACCUAGAUAAUUCCAUAUACUAACCAAUAUCCAUUUGCUAAAGUAAUAACAGAGAA